AAAUAUUGUGAAUUUAAAAAUGUUUGCAAAAUAUAUUAAAUAAAUGUAAAAUAUAGAAUUUGUGUUUACAAACUACAGGACCGAUUUACAUAUGUAAGUCAUUUUCAGAAAAAACUGCGCAAAACCAUCAUGGAGGCGAAGUGUAAACACGAAUUUACAGCAACUGCGGACGAUGAAUUAAGCUUUGUAAAAGGAGAUUUAGUAAAGAUCUUAUCAAAAGAUGAAGACCAAAAUUGGUACAAAGCUGAGUUAAAUGGGAAAGAAGGAUAUGUACCAAAUAAUUAUAUAGAAAUGAGACCACAUGACUGGUUUUGUGGAAAAAUGAGGCGAAAUGAAGCCGAGGAAUUGUUGUUACAAAAAGUUAAUGGUCAGUAUGUUCACCCAGAUGGCGCCUUUUUAGUACGCCACAGUGAAAGUGCGCCAGGAGAUUUUUCUAUGUCAGUCAAAUUUCAAGAUGGUGUACAACAUUUUAAAAUUCUCCGUGAUGGAGCUGGUAAAUACUUUCUGUGGAUAGUAAAGUUUCAGUCUAUACACGAGUUGAUAGAGUACCAUCGGAAAUCUUCAGUCAGCCGUUCACAGACAAUUAAUUUGAAAGAUAUGAAGGGAAUCAAUCAGCAUCAACAACAACAACAGCAAGAUGAUGUGCAACAUUUCGAAGACCUGAGAAGGGCUAUUGCCUUGUAUGAUUUCCAGCCACAAGAGCGAGGAGAACUACAGCUGAAGAAGGGAGAUGAAAUAGUUAUUGAGGAAGAAUUAGAUCGUCAUUGGUGGCAUGGUAAGAAUUGCCGAACCAAUGAAUCCGGACUUUUCCCUGCAAAUUAUGUCAAAUGCCAUUGCAAUUAAUACCAAAAAUUGACCGAUACAACAAUAUUUUUGUCAUCUAAGAAGAAAUCUUGAAUCAUGGAAAGAUGGCGACAGCCGUCUAUGAACCUUGGAUCCUGUUCUUGACAUCUUCUUUUCAUAAGUCAUCAUUUAUCAACUAGAUUGAAAGAUGCUGUUGCUCCUGUUUAAGCUAGUGUCUACUGAAACCUGAGCUUUAUAGAUGUUACAUAGACAGGAAUAUGAUAAGAGCUUCAAUACAGAUAAAUAUACAAUCAUUGUCUUCAUGUCCUCCUGUCAUACAGUUACCAGUAAUUUCAAUGCUUGCAGUCUCCCAUGGAUUUGUAGUCUCGAUUUCUACUUUAACAAAAAAUACCCUAUAGAUUUUAUUUGUGUGUGUGUUGUCAUCACAAUAAAAAGGACUGUUUUGUUGGAUUUUUUUUCUUUACAUUGUCACCCCUAAAUUUGUAGAGAUUUUUUUUUUGUUAAAAAUACACAUUUUUAUACAGAUUAUGUUAACAUUUUUGACUAGAUCAUGUUGAUAAGGGUAAAACUUCAAGGAAAGAAUUAAGUAGAUUAUUUCAUAUUGAUUUCUUUUUGGAGGAAUAAAUAGAUAGAUAUAGAUAGAUCAGGGGUUUUGAUAUUGAAGCAUUGUCACAAGUCAUUUUGAAAUCUUAAGUGUUGUUAUGGAUUUCUUUUCUCAGCAUUGUUGUAAUUUUCUACAGGCCAUACUUAUUAAUUUCAUCAUAAUUGAAAGAAAAACUGUCAAAAUUAGUAUAUGAUGUAAACUUGUUUGACCAAUUUUUUCUUCAAAUACUUAAAAAAUAAGCUUCCAGGUCAUUGAGUGUUUUAGGUGUUAGAUAUAAUUUGACACUGUCCUGUUCAUUAAUGGAUUCACAGGAAGAAGUUUUAUUGUAACAAAAGAUAUACAUGCAUAAUUUAAAAGGUAUUAUAUGUCUUCAUGCAUAAAUUCAAUUACUUCAUUGUGUGAAAGGGGAUUUCCAGUACUGAAACAGUGUACCACGAUACUACUGACUGUUUUAAUAUAUUUCUAAAUGCAUGUUUGUUAAACUUUAUGUCUUAUCAUGAUUCAGUAUGUUACUGGACAUAAUGGCAAUUUAUAUUUUACUAACAGUCCUAUAUACAACUCAUUUAAGAUAAAGUGGCAUUGAAAUAUCUUCUCACAAUGCUGAUUAUAGUGAUGAAUCUAGCUGAAAUACUUAAUUAAGGUUUGCUAAAUAUAUCAUAUUUUUUCAAGUAAUAUUCUUCAUAAAUAUGUUAUCCUAAAUGGGUUGUAGAUACUACUUUUUGAAAAGCUAAAAAUCUACAAUAAUAGAAGCCAGACACUAAUGUUUGUUUAAACAUGUAGACAUUAUUUUUCUUGUAUGAAGAGAUGUAUGUGACAAGUGUACUUAGAAACAAUUUUGUGUAUUAUGUAAAGAAUAGACAAACAGUAGGUAUCUGAGACAAUGGGUAUGGAUAAUUUUACAGUGUACAUUUAUCAGCAGGAAGUUUAUGAUCAGGAUUUUAGUUGUUAUUGGAUUUGCUUUCAAUAAAAAUGUGUCAUUUUCAUGACUUUAACAUUUUCAUAAAGUGAUAUAUAUGUUCAUGUUAACGUAUAAACAUUAAUUUACUAAUCUUAGAUAUUUUUAAACAGUACAAUUAUUAUGAAUUUUGUACAAUAAUUUCAGAAAUAUAGAUUAAAAUUAUUGAAUCUGUUUAUUUAACAUGAAGAGAUAAGAGCUUUGGGAAGUUUUUAAGAUGAUUUAUUAAUGGUGAUUAGUUUUGUUUGAUAUGUGAAAGCUAUCCAAAGAUAAAACAACUAUAUUUAUUAUUGACAAUUUUUUUUACACAUUUUUUUCAGCCUGCGUCAUGUUAAAAUAUUAUUAGCAGGAAAAUUAUUUUGCAUUUUGUUUAGGAAGAAGGGUUUAUUUAAACUGAGUCACUAGUUAAACAGUUUCAUUUUGUUUUCUUAUCAGAAACAUUGAAAAAAGAAAUAGGGAGGUUGACAUUGUAAUAUAUAGUUCAAGAAUUAGUACCAGUUAGUUGCAGUAUUCAUUCAAUACUUUUUAACUUUAUUAUUGUAAUAGUUUGAUAAUCAUUGAAGUUUCAUCAAUGUUAAACACUCGAAUAUUUUAUUAUACAUUUCUUUCUUUUUCGGACAAAAAUGUUUAAGAAUUUUAUUAUGACAGCAAAGACUAGUUUUAUAUACGCUUCUUCCUAAUCAAAGUACAUAGCAUUGAUUACUGUAAAAACACACAAAUACAGGAUUGGGAUGAUAUAAUUCUGUAGCAGUAUAGUUUGUCCGGAAUUAAGAAUUUCCCAGCUAAUCUAGGGGUACAAUCAAACUUUCAGUUUUAACUUCAUGUUUUAUGCUAGAACAGUGCAUAUUUAGAAAUUAAACAUUGAUUACUGUAUUGUGAAUUAUAGUGCACUAUGAAGUAAUAACAGCAAAAUGUUUUUCUGCCCCUAGAUUAGAUGAGAAAAAACAAGCCUAUUUUCGGAUACCAUCUUAAGGAAAGGUUUAUUUUUCUUGAAGUAAAAAAGAUAUGUGAUAGAUAUGUCAAUAUUGACAUUUAUUUUAGAUGAGCACUUUUUGUACAAAUAUAUAUACACCCCCUACAUUUGUUGAGAAAAUGUUUGUUGUCAGUUUUAUUGAAUAAUGAAGUGCUUUGUGUUUGUUUGUUUGUUUGUUUGUUAAUAUUAGAAUUUUUGGAAGAAAAUUCAGAAAAUGUAUUUAAAAAAAAAAGUGUCGCUUUGUUAUGUACAGAAAAUUUCUUAUUAUGAAUAGGUUAUUGGCAAUGAGUUUUGCCAGUGUGUAGAUACUUUAGUUUGCUUCUGCUCAACCUAUGUGUUUUGUUUCAAGCUGUAAGUAUCAGAUGUUCAAUGAAUUCAGUGCAAACCUGCUGUAAAUGACAACUGACACUUUGAAGCCUUCAGAAAAUUAUCUUGAUGUCUUCAACUUUACAUGAAAUAGUUAACAGAAAUAGUUAUUGUCAACAAAUAAGUCCACUGAAUGAUUCCUGCCUGUAUUUGGCAAUAUAGUUUACAGCAGAUUUGCUCUAAUAUAUUAUAAUCUGUUACAUUUCUUACAGGAUUGCAGGCAAUAUUGGAACAAUUUCCAUCAAUUAAUAGCCAAAAAAGGACUUCAGAUUGAAAUAUAUAAUUAUAGUAUUUGUGAAAUCAAAUCUCUGUCCCAAAAAUUUUUAUAUAUAUUUUCUUAGCACUUUUUUCUUGCAGUUUUGUUGUUGUGAAGUGCAUUGAAGUUCUUAUCUUAAAAACAUUUUAUAUUCUUCAGUAGUUUAAAGAAAGCUGUGCUUAAACUGUCAGUUAUCUUCAUGUUGAAAGUGGUAAUACAGUUAAUAUUUAACUUGAUGAAAUGUUAUAUUUUAUUAACAUUGCUAAAUCAUGUAAGCAGAAGAUUGCAUCAAAAUAUAUGAUCAGAUGUUAUAAUAUCUAGUAGAGCUGUAGACCAGUAGAUAUAAUGAUUAUUAGUUCAUAACUUCAGUGUUUCAUAGGAUUGGUUUAUUUUACUUUCUCUAUUACUGCCUUGGUGUAAAAAUGCAGAAUGUCCAAGAUUGAUUUUAUAUUUUUAAUAAUGUUCACAAAAAAUUGUUACAUGAUAAAAACCUGAAGCUGAAAAGGUGAUUUUUUUCUUCUGAAUUUCUAAUUUUUUGUCAUUUUCUUGUGAUUUAUCUUUAUAUAUGACAUAAUCAUGUGUUACAAUGAGUCAAAAGGAAAUGACAAAUUAAGCUUCAAUUACUUUAUUUUGACUUUAACAGAUAAAAUGACUGUAUUUUUACCCCAAGAUGACAGUCUGUCAUAGUUUAUAUUUUAUGUUGUUAGUUCUGUAUAGACAUCAUGAAAAUGAAAGUCCUGUUAUAUAUAUAUGCUGUGUAUCUGACUACUGUGUAAAUGUGACUCUCAUAAUGUGUUGAUUUCACAAGAUAAAUUAUAUGCAUGUAAAAGUAUGUAAUAAAACUUAAGCAUAUGUGAAA